AUAAUUUGCUGGUAUAACCUAGGCCUACUUUCACCAGUAAGUUAGAUAUUUAAUGACUAUUGUACAUGUCCACUGUAUAGUGAUGGAAAAUAGGAAAACGGAACUCACAAUAGGUUAUGCGUUGGCGUUGCCAUGUUUUGAACAAACCGGUACUGUCCCUUUAACACGAACACGUGGUUCCUGCAAACAUCCGGUUUUCAGAAAAUGGGAAUAAAAAACGCAAUAAUGUUUUGACACAGCUUUGUCGCACGGAUUCUUGCUCAACUAUGGAGGCAGGCUGCCUUGUCUCAUGCCGAGAGGACAUUUCUUCGUUGUUUCCUGAACAAACGCCGGGUGCCAAAUAUAAAGUAGGAACUAAGGAUUUAAGCAGCCAGUUUUCCAGCGUCAGACAAGUGCGCGGAGAUGGGAACUGCUUCUACAGAGCCCUCUGCUACGCACACAUGGAGUCACUCCUGCACAGUGUCAGGGCUUUGCAGAGAUUUAAGGAGAAAAUUGUUCAGACCUGCGAAGACUUCUCUUCUGCGGGUUUUGAUGAGAGCUCCUUCAAGCACCACCUGAACACAGUCGUACAUGUGGUGGAGCAGUGCCAGGCAGAUGAGCAGGAAGACACGCUGCUCAGGCUCUUCAAUGAGCAGAUGACGUCCGACAGUGUGGUGCAGUAUCUCAGGCUGCUCACCUCAGCACACCUGCAGAACCAGGGGGAAUUCUUCUGCCACUUUGUGGAGGCGCCCAAUCUACUAGUCUACUGUCAUCAGGAGGUGGAGGCCAUGGCAAUGGAGUGUGACCAUGUGGACAUCCUGGCUCUGUCGCAGGCUCUGGAUAUAUGCAUCCAUAUCGUCUCCAUGGAGGGUGAUGAAGAGCAGUUGGCUCACCACGUCAUUCCAGAGGGUGCUGAACCGUCCCUGCACCUCCUCUACCACACGUCACACUAUAACAUUCUCUACCCGAGACCUCAACACUGACCAGAGAUCCAUUAAGGACUCAGCUCGACUCAGGAACAUUGACUUUAGUUGAAUAAAAUUCCAACGGGGCUUAAGGACGCUUGUGAAAACAGAUUUUUUUAUCAAGCCUUGCAGUGUACAGCGAUUAAACAACAUUUAAAUACAUUUUCUUUGCACAUUGUGCAAUUACGAUUUAAAUGAACUGAAUGUAUGUAACAAAUACAUAAAUCCUGUUAAAGAUUGCCUCUAAAUACACGUUCCAUUAACAUGUCACUGCUGCUGCUUUUCUUCUUUCUUCUUUUUCUGCUGUGGUGGUGCACCUGUCUUUAACUUCUGUUUCAUCUUCUGUAUAGAGACCCUGGUGAGGGCACUUUCCCUCCCAGUGUGAGGCAGGUAAGGCACGGAGAGCUUUCCCAUCUGAGUGGGGUACUUGCUCUUAUUCAAAUUCUUGAAUACAGGCUGUGAGAUCAGAUGCUUCAAAUGCUUUUUCAUCCCUUUGACCACCUUCUGCUGCUCCCUGUCGUCCUCCUCAUCCUUUACUCCACCUGUAGACAUAAAUUGUGUAUUCAGUUGUCUGUAUCUCAACAUUUUAGAAUAAAGGGAACUUGUUACAAGA